GUUUUCCUUGACGGAAAGGGAACUAAGAGCGCAGAGAUAUUUUUUUUUACCUUAUUAGGGAACUCCAAUUUCCCCUGUCGAUAAUUCCGCUCCCGAAUUUCACCGCCGGGGUGAAAAAAACCUUUCACCGAUCAAUCCGAAUCCGACCGGCGACUCCGAGACUCUGCAAUUUUCUUUUUCGACGCUUCAAAACGGGAAGACCAUUUGUUUGGAACCUUAUUUUAGCCCCUUCCUCCUUGGCAUCUGUCGGACAUGCUGAUUCCUGAUGAGUUGAUUUGGGAGGUUCUCAGAUGGCUUCCAGUGAAGUCCCUGAUGCAAUUCAAGUGUGUCUCCAAAACGUGGCUAUCAGUUAUCAAGGAUCUAUCAUUCGCCAAGGCAUACUGUGGUGGUUAUCGAGGUCUCCUCUCCGGUCAGCCCGCCCGGUUUCAGCCAUGUAAUAACAGGUGUUUAUUCUACAUUGGCCUUGAUGGUGGCACUGCAACCACUCAUCAAAUCCUUCCUUAUUAUAUUUUGGAGCAUGAAAACAGGGACCAGAUGAUACUAUAUACAGACGUCGUGAAUGGUCUAUUAUGUUUCUACCAAGGCAAACACUCUUGGCUAUGUAAUGUUGCCACCCGUGAGAUGAUGCAACUUCCUAGCUCGACUGAUAGUUCUGAGGAGAAUAAUUUCUUGUACCACUUUGGUUUCGAUCCUAUCAACAAACAUUACAAAUUACUCAAGACAUCCCUAGGUUCCAUAGAGAUUCUCACAGUAGGGGUGGAUUCCUACUGGAGAAAGGUAUAUUCCCUUCCGCCUGUAGAUAUAUCAUCUCAAAGUGCAUGUAUUGGUGGAGUUCUUUGCUGGAUUGAAAAAUACGAGCCUGUACUCGUGGCCUUUCAUCUUGCCGAAGAGAAGUUUAUUCCAAUUCCUUCACCAGUAGAACCUGCAGAAAUUGAUUUUUAUUUCAACGAGGGUAUGGACAUUCCCUAUGUGAGGCUAAUGAAGUUCGGUUCUAGUAUCAUUGUGACGAAAGAAAUCGAUGCUGAGGAAGACUCUGGAGAGAUUUUACGGUAUUGUCGUCCCGACUGUGAUGGGCAUGGUAGUGUUGAGAGUGGAGGUUCUUGGGUUGAUGUUCUAACUCAGCUCCGACAAAUGGAUAUAGCGGGAAGUUCCCUGAACACAUUGCAGAUCCCAACUGCGGUGGGUGUACUUCCCAACGGAAAGAUGCUAAUUUAUGAUCAAAAGAUAACUUUCCCAGCUGAUCUUUACAUCUUGGAUCCAGUCAGGAGGAAACAAGAACUGAUUAAGGUUAAUGCAUCCAAGGAAUUGCUCGAUGAGUAUGACUGUGUUUGUCCGAUUGAAAUAUUCGGUAACUGUUCUUAUUUGGAGGAGAAUAUCCUUCCGCUUAACUAUUUCAUUUCCUCUGGCGAAAUUGUUUCUUAGUUGAACUUCAAUUGUAUUCAGUUUUGAUUGUCUAGAUAUGAGAUACGAUUUCAAUCAUAAUAGAACUUUUGAUUUUUUUCCCCUAUAUUAUUAUGUUUAUUACGAUUAUUCACAGUA